AUGGUUCUUCACAACCCCAACAACUGGCACUGGGUGAACAAGGAUGCCUCCGGCUGGGCCAAGGACUACCUUAAGGAGAACCUCUCCGUCCUCUCCGUGGAGGAGAAUGGAGCCUCUGCCAAGAUCUCCAACCUGCUGAGCAUGGAUGGCGAUGUAGACGUCAGUCAGAGAAAGGGCAAGGUCAUCACCUUGUUCGAUGUCAAAGUACAGCUCGAGUAUGAAGGUAAGACUGAGGACGAUGAGUCCGUUAGUGGAAAGAUCACCAUCCCCGAGGUUGCCCAUGACACCGAGGAAGAUGAGUACGUCUUUGAGAUUGAAAACUACUCGGAUUCUCCUUCCAAGCAGGCCGUGAAGGACCUGGUUCGCUCCAAGCUCGUUCCUCAACUCAGACAGGCUUUGGCCAAGUUUGGUCCCGCCCUCAUUGCUGAGCACGGCAAGGACCUCCAACACGCUCCUGGUGUCAACCCUUCCAGCGGAUUCGCUGCUCCCAAGUACCACCCUCAGACUUCCAAGAAGGAAUCCUCUGCCCCUACAACCACCACCACUACCACCGCCGAGAAGGUUUCGGUCAACACUACUACCGUGACCGCUUCGGACGAGUUCCGCACCACGGCUGAGGAGCUGUACAACACCUUCACCGACCCCCAGCGCAUUGCUGCUUUCACUCGCGGCCCCCCUCGCCAGUUUGAGGGCGCUCAGGUGGGCGGAAAGUUCGCCAUCUUCGACGGAAACGUCACCGGCGAGUACACCAAGCUUCAGGCCCCCACCUUGAUUGAGCAGAAGUGGCGUCUUGCCCAGUGGCCCGCGGGUCACUUCAGCACGCUGGAGAUCAAGUUCGACCAGAACGAUGUCGACGGCGUCACUCAGAUGCGUGUGACCUGGACCGGCGUCCCUGUUGGUCAGGAGGAUGUUACGAAGCAAAACUGGGAUGUCUACUACGUCCGCAGCAUCAAGCAGACUUUCGGGUAUGUUUUAAUCCCUUUGCUUUGCCUAUUAGCCAAUUGCUUCCUCACAAUGGCUUGCCAGAUCUUCGUUUUCUUGGAGACAGUUGCUGAUGGUUGUUUUUCUUCUUCUCGGUAUAGGUUUGGCACUAUUCUCUGA